UUAUCUUGUCGGUACGCUCGGCCUCUCAGACGCUACCGAACGCCGGUGCGGUGUUGUUGGCCACGGCGUGGUCGCGCGGCCUUUUCGCCGACGAAUAGCGAAUAAAGAGAGCAAACGGAGAUAGUAAGAAAAAGAGAGAGAAUCCAGAUUGUGCGCCGCGAUUUCCGGUCCUGAUCGGUUCUUCCGAUCAUCAGCUUCCGUCCGUUUCGUCCGUUCGCGCCCUCGCGGACGUUCGCGCGAAAGGAACCACCGAGGACCAUCGAGGAAGCUCUUGACAAGCAGGACGAAAAGAACCGCCGUUCUUCUUGAAGAAAUCAUUUUUUUAUCCGCUCGUUUCACCAUGCAUUGUCGCUAAGGUGACCCAUAGGUGUCGAUCGAGAGAAAGAGCGAGCGAGAAAGAUCAAGAGGGACAGACAGUAGGGGGAGAAGGAAAGGAAGAGAGAGAAAGAAAGGAAGGGUCAGUCAGGAAGAGGACGAAGAAGUCGAGGAAAGAAGUGACUCUUUGCCGGUCGCGACCGAAUGACCAGCAACGAGAUGAAGAACCGUGUGUUGCUAAAGAGUGCGUUGUUCCUGUUGCUGAUCGCGACGGACGGCUUCGUGACAGCAUCCGAGGACGAUGACUUGAUUUUCGAUCCGGAAGGUAAACAACCCGCGCUUCAAGCGCCAAUGAUCGAAACGCAUCAGGACGAAACCCUUCUUCAUAGAAUAAAGAGAGGAUUUUUCGAUUUAUUUUCCGCACCGUCGACAACAACGCAAGCGCCGCCAGAUAAUCAAGAUCAAGAUCAAACAUUUGACAACUCGGUCAUCUUCGAUGGAAAUGAAAGAAAUCAUACUCUCGAUCAUCCUGAAACGCCAAGUGCCGAAACGAGUAUCGGUAUCGAAAGAUUGACUCUUGAAAAGGACGAGAACAACGACGAAGAAAACGACGAACAUGAUAAUGAGAUAAGCAAUGUUGCGGAAAGUCAAAGAAUACCGAUAACGUAUGGAAAUUCCGAUGACGAAGAUUUGGCUGGUUCAGGAGAGCUCGAAGGCAGCGCAAACGAAGAUAGAGAAGAAUUGGGGCCAAACAUAAUAAAUCAACAUCACAAUGUUGAUGGAAAAGCACGAUUUUACCGAAUAACAUUGACAGUCGGCGAACCAUACAGACGAGAGUACUCUGACAGAAACAGUCCUGAAUAUCGGGAAUUGAGUGGCAAUCUCACGCAUGCCCUCGAGAACUUGUACAAUCGUUACAUUCCCGGAUACCAUCAUUUCGCCAGCGUCGUCAAGAUAUCACCGACUUCUGACGCGUUUACGUCACAAGUCACCUUAGACAUUGGUUCGACGUUCACGGACGAGGUUGAGGUGCGUGCCAUCCUAGAUCAACAGUUGCUGCAGUAUCAUUCUUUAGACGGUAUCCAAGUAGGUCCGGAGGGAUUCACGUUCAGGAUAUUCCAAGCCAGGGAAAAGAACGAUCAGCCGGAAUGCGAUCAAACGGCCGAAUUAAGAUGUAGAAGCGGCGAAUGCGUGUCGUUAGAAUCGCGCUGCGACGGCGUAUUACAAUGCAAUGAUGGUUCUGAUGAGGAUAAUUGCCCGACAGAUUCGCAAAAUAGAACGAGCGACGAUGUCGAGCACACUGUGGAGUCACACCGUUCCCCGGUAGAUCAGAGCGUAAAGGAAAGCUUUUUACCUUCUGAGGUAAAACCAGAAGUAUCAGACAUCGAAGAUGACAAUAGGGAAGAUGAGGUAUCUACGCUGAGGUCAUCCUCAAACAUGUGUCGCGCCGACGACACGGUACGCUGUCAAGACGGCAGUCGUCAUAUUUGCUCAGUGCAGCAGUGCGAUGGUGUUCCGGAUUGCGAUGAUGGUGGUGACGAGGUCGGCUGUCCACAUCCAGGCUGCAGCGCUGGAGAAUUCGCAUGCGAUGUAAACAGAUGCAUAUUGGAAUCUCAACGAUGCAACUUUUUGGAAGAUUGUCAAGACGGUAGCGACGAACACGACUGCAACUACCCCGCUUGCUCUUCAACCGAAUUCAUAUGCAGAAACGGACAGUGCAUCGACAAUAACAGAUACUGCGAUGGCGUGCAUGAUUGUUACGAUGGAUCGGAUGAACACAAUUGCCCCUGCAGGGAAGACCAGUUCGAAUGCUCGCCUGGUUAUUGCGUGUCCUUAUCACGACGCUGUGACGGAUACACGGACUGUAUCGGUGGAAGGGAUGAACAAAAUUGUCACAACAUGACACGAUGUCGAGCAGAUGAGUUCGAGUGCGCCAGCGGUUCGUGUGUCAGCAAAAGCGCAAGAUGCGACGGACGAAACGAUUGUCUCGAUCAUUCUGACGAGUAUAAUUGCAAUGUGACCACCUGUAGCGGAGAUCAGUUCCGUUGUCUGGACGGUAUCUGCUUAAGUAUCGACAAACGCUGCAACGGAAUCCCUGAUUGUCGCAACGGCGAAGACGAACAUCAAUGCGGUUGCGGAGAUGCCGAGUUUCGCUGUACGGAUGGCCGCUGCAUCGGCUACGAGUUGCAGUGCAACGGGGUGAACGAGUGUCCUGACGGAUCCGAUGAGAGGGACUGCGAAAAGUGGCGACAUUACUACAAUGGCAAAAAGUUUGACGCCGUUGCGAAGUUGUGGAUUUUGUACGGGCGAAAACCUAUAGAACGCCGAAGGAAUAUGAAUAUGAAACCCGAAACGACGGAAAGUGUCUAUCGUCUCGCCAUCAAGCCAACCAUGAUGAUCGGUAACCCGAUCUUGGAAGCGUUUCCGGAAGAAGCUCAACGACGGAGAUUCCCAAACUCCACGCUUCAGAAUUCCUCGACGUACUCGACAAGAAUUGCGUCCAAAUCGAAAAAUAACGAGCCCUCCUCGCAGCAUAACUCGAACAAUGCGGAGUUUGGUCGAUUUCGCAAACCUGACAUGAAGAAUUGCAAUGGCAGUAUCAAAAUUCAUCAUUUAACUAUUAGCCGUGCCUUGUCGCAAUUAAAUCAGUUUCACGCUUCCAAUCCUAAGUUUUUAAAGUUAUCGGAUAAUCUUAUAAGAUCGUUAUUGAGAUUAAAACAUAAUAAAAUUUCAUUAAAAGACAUUCGCUUACAAUUUACCGAUAAUCAGAAUAGAACGCAAAAAAUAAAAUAUGAGAGUAAUCUCGAUUAUAAACCGAGAAAAUCUAAUGCGUUCACUUCAAAUGCGACGAUUAAUUCUUUAUCCAGUUCAAAAGAGGACAGAAAUUCUACGGAAAAAAACAUUUUUAAUAUGAAAAAUUGGAACAUUAAGAUCAAAAAUAAUACUUUCUUAAAAAAUAAAGAGAGAUAUUGGAACAAUAUUAAUGUAUCAGAAACGAGAUUGGAACUAGAACAGAAAGAAAAUAAAAAGAUACCAAUAAACAUAUCGAAUAGACAUCAUAUUAUUUUCAAUAAUAUAAAAAGACCUUAUCACUUUAAAGAUACUAUUUUAAAAACUACGAAAAAUGAUGCCAACACUCUACAGAUUAACAGUUCGAUUUACAAAUUUAUUACUGAAGUUACACCCACAUUUCAACUGAACAAUUCGACAGCUGCUGAGAUUUCAAAUAAGACAAUUUCUGGAUUGAUAACAGUAGCAAACGAGACUGACAUUAAUGUUUCUGCAACUGUGAGCACAACUAAAAAAAUUCACGAAAAUUAUUCCUCGAUGAAGAUAGAAAAGAUGCUAUAUGAAUCUAAGUCCCCAAACGUAAAAUUACAUCGGUAUUUUCCAACUAUCAAUCAAACCUUUAUAAGCAUUGACAGUAUCGAUAAAAUAUCAAUAGAUCCUUCGACUUCAAAUUAUAAAUCAAUUCAACCAAAUCGCGAUCACGGUAAGAAAAUAUAUAGCACGAGCAAAAUGCGCAAGCAAUCAAAUAGCACUUUCGAAAGAUUCUACGAAAGUAACGGAAACUCGACGGAAAGCAAUGACAAUAUUGAUCCCGGAUUUAUAAACUCCAUCGAAACGCCCAAAUCAAUAACUAUAGACGAUUAUGUGUACUCGAUAUCAAAGGAAUUACAAGAAUCUAGGGAAAUUCUGGAAAAAGGACUAAAGGAUGAUUUUGACGCUUUAUUAAACUGGGCCAAGGCGUCUUCGACGAGGACUCCAGACAUCAUCACACGAAAUGAAAACGAGUUGAGGAUGGAAGAAACCGAGAAAGACGACAAACAUAAGUGCAAAAAUUGUCAUAAUGAUCGUAAAAACAACAGGUCCAAGAAGGGGAAGAAAAAUGACGAUGCGAAGCACGAAAGAAAACCUAUGUCAACCGCCGCUGGGACGGUUGACGAAACGACGAGUGUCGAUUAUAGCAACGAUUAUAGCUCAGAGCAGAGAAAGACUAAGUCUUCUCGUAAUGAUUCAGGAUAUGACAAAGCUGAUAGUAAUCGGAAUAGCACUGACAAGAGCGACUGGCAUCUUACUGAUGAAAUUACAACGGAAUAUCUUAAGAUGGAUUCCUUUAGCGUUGAUGAGUCCGUCACAGAACACCUUAAAAAAGACAAUAGCAAGGGAGGACUUCAGUCAGAAGAAAUAACGAAUGCGGAUUUUAUCAUCGAUAAUACUACAUUUUAUUCAUCAACAACGUUUAAAGGAAAAAAAGUUAAGAAAUGUAAAAUACGGAUUACAACAACCACGGAGAACAGUUGGUGGUAUUCUAGAAAAAUAGAUAAUGAAGAAAAUGAAGAAUUGAUUAAUUGUGAAGAUGUCACUUCAUUUCCUGUUACAAGCGAUUCUGAAGAUAAAACUGAAACAGACAAUUAUAGUAUUUUGACUAACAAUGAUUAUCUUUUCACGUAUGAAAAAAUAUCUACACCAAUCAGCGUUAUCUCACCCUUAAAAAAUCUUGAUUCUAAAAAGAAUGACGAACUAAGUAAUGUAAAAAAAAAUACAACGUAUGAUACAAUUACAAACCAAAAAAAUAAAGACAAAAAUAGUUCAACAAAAAAAUCAAUCUUGGAUAAAAAACGUGAUGAAAAUAACGAAAGUACACGUGAAUGGUCUUGGAACAGGGAAAGUACUACACAUCCUAUAACGAGAACUACCACGAACGAUGAGAUUUCGAAUCUCGACAGCGUAGAGGAAGAAGAUUCAACAGAGAAAUGUCCAAGCAAAGACAACGAAAUCGAUAACGACGUCGUAGAGGAUUACGAGGCCGAUAACUGUAACAAGAAUCAGCACGCGUGCGACAAGUACACGUGCAUCGAUGACGAUCAAGUUUGUGACGGUAUCGUAGACUGUAUUAACGCCAGCGACGAGAUUGACUGCGAUUACAUAUACAUCAAGAAAUGGGAGGAAUACCAGAGAGCCAACGGACAGCUCGGGAAGUUUGACCUUCCAUUUCAGAAUUCUAUCGAUGACACGUCGCUCGACGGAUGUAGCCGUUAUGAGCACCCUUGCGAUGACGGAUGCAUAAAUGCACUGAACGUUUGCGACGGCAAGAGAGACUGCCUGGACGGUACUGACGAGGAGGAUUGCUCGAACUUUGAAGAGCGGGAAUGCACGCCUAACCAGUUCAAAUGCGCCACCGGGAACAAGUGCAUCGAGGACGUCUACAGGUGCGACGGCCAUCCGGAUUGUCCAGAUCACAGCGACGAGGACUGCGUUCCAUCCGCUAACGACACUACACACACCACUUCGCCUACCACCAACUCGUCCGAUCCACGCUGGACACCGAUACGCAGGAGGGAAUGCGAUCUAAGGACGGAAAUGCGUUGCGACGAUGGUGGUUGCGUUCUCCUACGGCGUAAAUGCGACAAUAUCUUCGACUGCCUCGAUGGCAGCGAUGAGCGGGGUUGUGGGCUAUGUACACCUGCCGAAUGGAAGUGCGCCAGUGGCGAAUGCUUGCCAGAAAAUCAGAGAUGCGAUGGAAUAACGCAAUGCAGCGACGGAUCCGAUGAGGAUCGAUGUGUAACCGAAUGUCCGGCUGGAUGGUUUCGAUGCAACGAUGGAUUGUGCCUCGACAUUAAGAGACGUUGCGAUGGUCGGCCGCAUUGCUCGGACGGCUCCGACGAAAUCGAUUGCCCUCGUAAUGAAUGCCCCGACGGUCAACUACCCUGUGACAACGGCGUCUGUAUCAAUAAGAACUUCUUCUGCGACCGCAAUAUCGACUGCCAUGACGCUAGUGACGAACGAGAUUGCCCGGAUAGAGAGGAGACCGGUAGUUCUGGCCAAGAAUGUCAUCCUGACAGCUUUACCUGCAGAGAUGGUAGCUGCAUACCUCGUACAGCGGUAUGCGACGGUCGCGCGGAUUGUCCGUAUGACGAGGAUGAGAUCAACUGUCGUCAAGGAUGCACGCGGGAUCAAUUCCAGUGCACUAACGGAGACUGCAUCCCUGCCAAUCAGAGAUGCAACGGAUACAUCGAGUGUGCUGAUGGCUCUGACGAGCCGGAGGAAUGCGAGCGGCCAGAGAAACCAGAACCAGGUCAAUGCGUAGAGAAUCAAUUUAUGUGUAUUUCGGACAGAAGAUGCGUUCCACAAUCUUCCAUUUGUAACGGAAUUCCAGAAUGCAGAGAUGGAUCCGACGAGCAUAACUGCGAUCAAGGAGCGGAAUGCUCGUAUGAGGAAUGGCAGUGCAAGAGCGGUGAUUGUAUACCUCGACAUCAACAUUGUGAUCGCCGAAUUGAUUGUCCGUACGACGACAGCGACGAGUUGGGCUGUCACUAUAGAUCGAUGCAAAGAAAUCACAGUAUAUGCAACACGCAUGAAUGGAUGUGCAAUGAUGGUCAUUGCAUCCCGCUGCAUCAGCGGUGCGACAAAAGGCUCGACUGUCCUAGAGAUAUGUCCGAUGAAAUGGACUGCAGUUAUGAUAAUUAUACCGAUGUAACAUCUGAUCUUAGGCUGAAGACAUAUCCCAGUGAACAAGUGAUUAAAGAGAACCCGGCGAAGCAAGGUCGCGAAGUCGUAUUUCAAUGCCGUGACGAGGGUCUCCUACGUGCCAGAGUACGUUGGAUCCGCGGCAAUGGUCUUCCUCUGCCGCCCGGUAGCCGAGACAUCAACGGUCGCCUAGAAAUACCCAACAUCCAGCUCGAGCACGCCGGCACUUACAUUUGCGAAGCCGUGGGUUAUCCACCGUCCACUCCGGGCCGUCAAGUGAACGUUAUUCUCACCGUCGAGAAGUUUGAACAACCGGCCACCAGACCACCGCAAGUGUGUCAGUAUGAUCAAGCUACUUGCAGCAACGGAGACUGUAUUCCCAAAUCGUACGUUUGCGACGGCAAAUUUGAUUGCACCGAUGGAUCCGACGAGAUGCGAUGCAGUCCGCACGGAUGCGAGCCCAAUGAAUUCCGUUGCAAUAAUAAGCAGUGCGUCAGCAAGUUGUGGCGUUGUGACGGCGACAAGGAUUGCGCAGACGGCAGCGAUGAAGAAAACUGCGCGCCGUCUCCCCCGGGAUCUCCAUGCCGUUACAACGAGUUUCCCUGCAAUAGCAACAAACAGUGUAUCCCGAAGAGCUAUCACUGCGACAUGGAGCGCGACUGCUUGGACGGCAGCGACGAAGUUGGAUGCUCUCCCGUUUACAUCGUGAAACCACCACCGCCGAUGGUUGUUCUCGAGCCAGGCGAAAUGUUACUUCUUACUUGCACCGCGAUCGGUGUCCCGAUACCGGAAAUCAACUGGCGACUCAACUGGGGACAUAUCCCCGCGAAAUGUACAACCGUGUCUAUUAAUGGAACGGGCACACUGACAUGUCCGGACAUACAAAUCCAGGAUCAGGGCGCGUAUUCAUGCGAGGCUUUGAAUGUCGGCGGUUUCGUUUUCGCCGUGCCGGACGCCAUCGUCGUCGUGAAAGAACCUCGCAACAUUUGUCCGAAGGGCAAGUUUAAUUCCGAGGCGAAGGUCGUCGACGAGUGUAUCUCGUGCUUCUGCUUCGGCGUCGCCACCGAGUGCCGCAGCGCCGAUCUUUUCACUUAUCAGAUUCCACCGCCGCUUGACCGCCACAAGAUUGUGUCCGUCGAGAUUAUUCCCACAAUCAAAAUCCACGGUGACAUCAGCAACCAGAUAUCUCAAAUCCGCCCGAUCGGUCGAGAUGGCGUUCAACUACUGGAAUCUUUCAGCAACGAACUGAAUGUCUAUAACGUUCCUUACUUUGCGCUGCCAGAGAACUAUCACGGUAGUCAAUUAAAAUCUUACGGCGGCUACUUGAAAUAUUCGAUCCGUCACAGCGGUAAUGGUACGCCAAACAAUGCACCUACCGUUAUCUUGAGCGGCAACAAUUACAUCCUGGUGCACAAAGGUAAAGAGCUGACGCCCGAUUACGAGACCGAAGAAUCCGUCAGAUUCUUCUAUGGUGACUGGUACAAGCAACAAGGAAGAAACGAAGUCCCGGCCUCCAGAGAGGAGAUCAUGAUGACGCUGGCAAACGUGGACAACAUCCUUAUAAAAGUGAAAUACGACGACUCGCCACAGCUGGACGUUCGUCUCACCAACAUCGUGGUGGACACCGCCGAUGCGCGAAAUACUGGUUUAGGAUCCGCAUCCUUUGUUGAGGAAUGUCAAUGUCCUACCGGAUAUACUGGUCUAUCUUGCGAGCACUGCGCGCCUGGUUAUCUGAGGCGAGAGAGUGGACCGUGGCUUGGUCAGUGUUAUAGAGAUGAACCUCCGUGCCCUCCAGGAUACUACGGCGACCCCUCAAGAAACAUCCCGUGCCAGAUUUGUCCUUGUCCGCUUACCAAUCCAUCAAACCAAUUUGCUCGCACGUGUCAUCUUGGAUCUGACGGGCAGCCUACGUGUGAUUGUCCCGCUGGCUAUGUUGGUCGCAGAUGCGAACAGUGUGCCGCCGGUUAUCAAGGGAAUCCUCUUAUUCCUGGAGAUAUGUGCAUCCCGCUUCAACAAUGCGAUCCUAACGGCAGUCUUAGUCCUAACGCCGAUCCACAUACUGGAAAGUGUCAUUGCAAGCAAUAUGCAACGGGUCUCACUUGCAAUCAAUGUAAGGCGAAUACCUUUAAUCUGGCCUCGACAAAUCAAUUUGGAUGCAUAGCUUGUUUCUGUAUGGGUAUUACAAACAGAUGCGUCUCUUCUAAUUGGUACAGGAAUGAGAUUCGUGUAUCAUUUACCAAUUCGAUUCGAGAUUUCUCUCUGAUCGAAUCCAAGAGCACCGACGCGUCAGCCAUUGUAGAAGGAAUUCAUCUGAACACUAUCAGCCGAGAAAUAAUCUACAGCAACUUCCCGAAUCGUGGAAACAAUGACGUUUACUAUUGGCAAUUACCCAGCAUUUUCCUAGGGGAUCAAAUAACAUCUUACGGCGGUAAUCUCAAGUACACUGUCAGAUACGUUCCUUCUCCGGGCGGCCAAAGUUCGAGAAAUAACGCCGCAGAUGUUGAACUUAUCAGCGCUAACGAUAUCAACUUGCUCUACUACUCUCGCGAGUCUCCCGAGCCAAAUUCUCAGCAAUCGUUCACCGUGCCAUUACUCGAGCAAUAUUGGCAACGCAAUGAUGGAACUCAAGCGGAUCGAGAGCACCUUCUAAUGGCUUUGGCAGACGUGCGAGCCAUCAGAAUCAAAGCCACUUACACGACGCAUACAGACGAAGCUGCGCUCUCUUUCGUAUCGUUGGACACUGCCGAGAAGUACAACACCGGUAAAGCGCGCGCGGUCGAAGUUGAAGAAUGUACUUGUCCCAGCGGCUACAGAGGACUUUCCUGCGAAGAUUGCGAUGUUGGUUAUACCAGAGCCAUUGAAGGUCUCUACUUGGGUAUCUGCGAACCAUGCAACUGCAAUGGUCAUUCAAAUCAAUGCGAUCCUGAGACUGGCGUUUGUGAGAAUUGCGCUGAUCACACUACCGGUGAUUAUUGUGAGAUAUGCGAAUCGGGAUACGAAGGGGAUGCUACCCGAGGCACGCCGAACGAUUGUACGUAUGGAAGUCCCACACAACCCGAGCUAUGCAGAUGCAACGAGGCUGGCUCGCGCAGCACUUUGUGCAUCAACGGUCGGUGCGAAUGCAAAAGGAAUGUUGAGGGCCUAGAAUGUAAUCGGUGCCGCCCGUCGACAUACGGAUUACGUGCCGAGAAUAUUGAUGGAUGUAUCGAAUGUUACUGUAGCGGGGUAACUGAUCAAUGUCACGAAAGCACAUUGUAUGUACAACAAAUACCGAUGUGGGUGUACGAUUCACAUCAUGGUUUCACUCUCACGGACUCGACUAGACGCGACAUAAUCGACGACGGUUUCGAAUUGAACGUGGCUAUGAACGAAAUCGGUUAUCGCUAUCCGGAUAGCAGAAGCCGCAGAUUGUUCUGGUCGCUACCGAGCGUCUUCACCGGAAACAAAGUGAAGAGUUAUGGUGGAAACUUGACUUUAACACAGCAUAUCACUGCGUAUCCUGGUGCUCAGAGUUACAAAGAUCAAGAUAUUCUCUUGAUCGGCAAUGGCAUCACAUUGUUCUGGACAAAUCCAACAGAGCUUCAACCUGAUAUUCCACUGACCUACUCCGUUCCAUUGAAAGAAAACGAAUGGAAACGAUUGACCACCGAAGGACCACGAAGCGCUUCCAGAACAGACCUCAUGAUCGUUCUCUCGAAUCUGGAGGCUAUCUUGGUCCGCGCGUCCCACAGCGAGCGUAUGACCGCGACAUACAUAAGCGACAUCAGCAUGGAUACAGCCGUGGAGAACCUAACCGGAGAGCGACGAGCGACUCAGAUCGAAGCCUGCCGUUGUCCGACUGGUUACACAGGAACUUCCUGCGAAAUCUGCGCUCGCGGUUAUUACAGAGACACCAGCGAUCGAUCCGUCAGUUAUCUGGGCGCGUGCAAUCUCUGCCCGUGCAACAAGAACGAGGAGAGCUGCGAGAUCAGCAGAUCCGGUCAGGUCAAAUGCCACUGCCUACCAGGUUACACGGGACAGUAUUGUCAAGAUAGUGUCGUCGGUGAGCUCAUGGUAAGCCUAAUGCCUAUGAAAGGCGAAGUUGAGCCAUAUUCCACGAUCCAAUUUACGUGCAACUAUGACUAUCCAGACAUGUUUCACAUCUAUUUUAAAUUAUCGUCACUUGCUGGGUUGCCCGUAACUGCGAGGGGUGACAAACCCGGACAUACAGUCAAGACAGAGAAAGGAGCUUUCCGCAAAUGGUCCGUCCACGUGGGACGCACUGCUUGCAACGUCGAAUGUCACAUUGUAAACUACCGUGGCAAAGAACUGGUCAAGAUCGUGACAUCGAUUACGCCAGUUGGAGAACCGCAAACGACUACUACACCUAGCCCAAUACCUCCACCGAGGAUUAUAGUUUACAUUCAAGAACCGGAAUUCCAGAUUGUUCACACCGGAAAUACCGUCAGAUAUCAUUGCACGGGCAGAUCCAUAGAUAGCAAUUCGGUGAACAUUAGAUGGGAGAAAGAAGGUGGUCAAUUACCGCCUGGCAGAAGUGUGGACGAUUCUAAUGGACUGUUGGUCAUUAGAGAUGUGAAGGUAUCAGAUAGCGGCAUAUACGUUUGCCAAGUGAGCGAUGGAAUAAACAUCGGACGAAAGAAAGUCACUCUAACUGUUGGAGGAGCCAACCCGGUGGAACCUAAAAUCGUUAUAAGUCCAUCGUAUCAACAAGUGAGAGAAGGCGAACCAGUCGAAUUCCGCUGCGAAGCUACUGGUAAUCCGCCACCUCAAUUAGACUGGAUUCGAGUCCACGGAAUCAUGAGCCCGGAGGCGACAUUCUAUAAUGGUGUAUGGAGUCUUCCAGCUGCAUCGAAGAACGACGCAGCCGAGUAUAAAUGCAUUGCUAGAAACAAUGUUGGCGUGGAUGAAAAGACGACCAUCUUAUAUGUUCAAGACAAUCCUAAUAAACCACCACCUCAAGGUUUACCACCAACCGUAACUCCAUCCGAAUGGUCUGGAACUAUCAACGAUGCUGUCAGAUUGAUCUGUACGCCAUCCCAGCAUGCGAAUGUCACUUGGACAAGAUCCGGCGGAUUACCGUUGCCUUAUACAGCCAGUCAACAGGAUGGGAUCUUAACUAUCGCCAAUCCUAGUCCGAGCGAUUCCGGCUUAUACGUGUGUACUGCGACAAGCAUACGCGGAACGGAAACGAGCACCUCCGCUAGGAUAACAAUAAUUCCUCGCAGAGAUCCACCCACUGUCAAAGUUAGACCCGAAAGGCAAGAGGUGUCCCAGGGCAUGGUUGCCGAGGUGCAUUGCAUUACCAGCGGAGAGCCAGGUGUACAGGUGAAAUGGAGCAAAUACACAGAAACGAUGAGUUCGCGUGUGCAACAAGUAGGAGACACGCUUAGGAUCAUUAACGCUCAGGUCUCCGAUCGAGGAGUAUAUAUCUGUCGGGUUACUAGCUCUUCGGGCAGUUACGAGGCCAGUGCCAUAAUCGAAGUUGAACCUCGCGAAGCUCCAGUCUUAGAGCUAUAUCCUCAAGACGUCCAAACGGUCAUCCUCGGCGGUUCGGCCGAUCUUCAAUGUCGUGCGAAGGCUGGCUUCCCGGUGCCCGAGUUGCAUUGGUCUCGUCAGGACGGCCGACCAUUUGCUUCCAACAUCGAACAGCUUCCUGGCGGACUGCUCAGACUAUCGAACAUCACGGUGAACGAUGACGGCGCCUAUAUCUGCUCCGCGUCAAACGAAGUCGGCUCGACAUCGGUUAUCGCGCACAUCGAGGUGCAAUCUCUGCCUGUGAUCACUAUUACUCCGAAGCACGGUAUUUUGCAAGUGAAACGCGGAAGUCGAGUCCGUUUAAUGUGCAGCGCAAGUGGUUAUCCGCAGCCUAACGUAGCUUGGAGCAAAUACGUGCAUGGAGUGACUAUACAUGACACAUACAGCAGAACAGCAGCCACUCCACUGAGCGCUGUAUAUGAAAUAUUCUCCGUUUCAUCCGACGACGAAGGAUCUUACACUUGCCAGGCUACAAACGCUGUAGGAAUAGCAGAAGAGCGUAUCCAAAUACGCAUCGAGGACGAUGAUGAUUACGCUCCUUGCACUGGUGAGAGAGGCGAUAUUCCGUGCGACGACCGACAACCUGAUAAUAGAGAUCCAAAUCAACAAGGAGUGUUGAUUCCCAAAGACUACUUGAGAAUCCCGAACGGUGGCAAGGUGGAGAUGCGUUGUCAGGUCCUCGGACUCGACGGUGAUCAAAUCUAUUUGGAUUGGAAGAGGAGCGAUCAUCGUGCCUUGCCGGAAGGUAGCACAGUGCACAACGGAGUAUUAAGCAUUCCGACCGUCGACAGAAACGCAGCCGGAGAAUACAUCUGUUUGGGCUUGGAUCCUGCCGGUACCGUGCUCUUCAGGGCGAAAUCCCACCUUGAAAUUAUAUCUCCGCCGAGAAUUGAAUUAAAUCCCACGCGUCAGACAGUGGGACCUGGAGAGAAUCCAUCCAUAAUUUGCACUGCUACGGGAGAUGAACCUCUGCAUAUCGAAUGGGAAGCUAUAGGACGUCCAUUGCCGCAUUCGGUAUCGCACGACCGCGGCAUCUUGCAAUUCCACGGUAUCACCUAUUCCGAUGCCGGUAAAUACGUGUGCAAAGCGACGAACGGAGCGGGAACAGCGGAAGCGGUAGCAGAAGUUUUAGUCAAUGAACAUUCUUACGACGACACAGAGGUUCGUGCUGAACAGAGAGACGUGGUGACGCAUGCUGGCAAUUCCGUGCGUUUACGUUGCGUGGUACGUGAACGUGCGACGAUUCAUUGGAGUCGAGAGGGACAAGCCUUGCCGAGCACCGCGCGAAUCGGAGAAGAUUACUUAGAGUUGACGCAAGUGAAACCAGAAGACAGUGGAAGAUACAUCUGUCAAGCCCAAACCAGCCGCGGUGUAUCCAGCGAUUAUAUUAAUUUCAACGUAUCUCUAGUUAAUUUGCUUGCGGAUUGCAUGCCAGUGUACCGAUCGCAGUGCAGGCACUGGGAAUAUGAAUGCAGAAGUCUACAAUGCAUUCCAAUGGAAUACUUUUGCGACGGCUAUGUUCAGUGCAACGAUGGUACUGACGAACGCUUCUGCCGCAACGCGCUCUAUCGCCAAUAUCUUCAGAGACGACGCGCUGCUCUCGUGCCAUCAAUUAGCGUCGAGGUAUCUCAAGAUCCAAUAAACAUCGGCGACACAGUUGAUAUACAUUGCACGUGCACUGGACGAAGCCCACGUUAUCACUGGUCGAGACCGAAUCAUGUGAGCCUACCAACAAACGCACAAGAAUACAGCAAUGUCCUGAGGCUGACUAAUGUAGCUGUCACCGAUAGUGGACCUUACAGAUGCAUAGUAGACACGCCCGAGGGUACAUUCGAAAAGGACUUUAAUCUGAUUGUUCAUGGCGGAAUUCUCGAUGAACCAGCGAUUGAAACGAAAUUUGCGCCGCACGGGUCAAGUCUAGAAAUGGAUUGUCGUAUCGACCUCGAUCCACCAAUACAAUAUCAGUGGAGUAAACUUGGUGGAUUUUUACCACGUGAUACCCAGACUUUGGAAAACAAAUUAAAGCUAACUAAUGUCAAAGCUGAGGAUGCUGGAACAUACAUUUGCGUUGGAUAUAAUGGACAAGCGCGAGUAGAAGUUCCUACGGUGCUGGUCGUAACAGGAGUCGUGCCUAAUUUUAGUCAGGCACCCGAAAGCUACAUCGCUUUUCCACCUUUACCCGACUCCUAUCUUAAGUUCAAUAUCGAAAUCUCUUUCAAGCCAGAAAAUUACGACGGCAUUCUAUUGUACAACGCCGAGUCCGCUCAUGGCAACGAUGACUUCAUUGCUUUAUCUUUAAUUAAUGGAUAUCCGCAAUUUAAAUUUAAUCUUGGAUCUGGAUCAGCUGUUGUCCGCGCGGAUAAACCUAUUACUCUGAGCGACUGGCAUACCAUCAAGAUCCAACGCAAUCGAAAGGAGGCAACGAUGUUGGUAGACGGUGAGAGCUCUUACAAGGUGAUUGCAAUAGGUAGGCGUCAAGGUCUGGAUCUCAAAGAGCCUCUCUACAUCGGCGGAGUGCCCAGUGAGAUCAACAAACAAUCCGAGAUGAACACGGGCUUUGUUGGGUGCAUCAGCCGACUAGUCCUCGGAGAGAAGCAGGUUGAUCUGAUCGGCGAUCAGACAGACAGUGUGGGAAUCACGAGCUGCGAGACCUGCGCCGAAAAUCCCUGUAACAACGGCGGUGUAUGCCAAGAAGCGGCCACAAAGAACGGCUACACAUGUCUGUGCCGAGCUGGUUUCAGUGGUAAACACUGCGACUAUGUCGGACAGUCCUGCUAUCCAGGUGCAUGCGGAGAAGGUAAAUGUGUCGACAAGGAUAUCGGCUUCGAUUGUUAUUGUCCGAUCGGAAAGACGGGAUCACGAUGCGAGCAUUCGGUGAACAUCCAUAAUCCAGCUUUCCGUAAUGAGAGGGCUUAUCUUGCGUACGAGACUCCGAAAGCUCUUAGACGGCUUAAGGUAACCAUGAGUUUUAAUCCUACGGACUCCGGGGAUGGAAUCUUGAUGUAUGUUUCUCAAAAUGACGAAGGCCUCGGAGAUUUUGCAGCGCUUAUAAUAAAGGACAAACACAUUGAAUUCCGCUUCGAUAUCGGCUCCGGAAUGGCAACGAUAAGAUCACCUCAUGCAGUCCAGCCCUGUGUAUGGACGUAUGUAACGGUGAAUCGAGACUUCAGGGAAGCCAAAUUGUCAGUGAACGGCAAACCAUUUGUGGAAGCCAAAUCACCCGGAGCUUCCAGAACCAUGGUCUUAAAUACACCUCUUUACAUUGGAGGAGUGGAUCGCAGAAAAAUCACGAUCAAUAAGAAUGUCGGUGUCGAUCGUAGUUUUCGUGGAUGUAUAAGCGAAAAGUUCGAAGUUUUAUCAGCUAGUUUGGACAUAUUGAAAUCAUCGAUUGACGCAGCCAAUAUCGAGAACUGUUCGAUGUCUCAUCUGAAUCAGACAAUAAUGCAUACCACUAUCACAACUUUGGCACCAUCUACUCAGCCGCCAACAACAUUGUUCGAUCCUUGUGCAUGGAAUCCUUGCAUCCACGGCAUAUGUCAAAGUUCAAAUGUGUAUGAUUAUUCAUGUACAUGCGAAUACGGAUAUGUGGGCAGAAACUGUGAGAACGUACUGAAACAAUGCGAAUUACUUACACCAUGUAGAAAUGGGGGUUCUUGCUCCGAUCUUCAUGGAUCUUAUAAAUGCGAUUGUCGCCUUGGUUACAACGGGCAGAACUGUGAAAAGUUGGCAGAGAUCACGUACGAUGUUGCCUUCAAAGGAGACGGCUGGUUGGAACUAGAUAGAUCUGUUAUGACGCACGAAGAAAAACGUGAAGUUUUAGGCCUUGAAAUCAGUACAAACAAGAGCAACGGACUGAUUAUGUGGCAUGGUCAAACUUUGAAUGAUCUAACACCUGAUGAUUACAUUGCCGUUGCUGUAGUAGAUGGAUACGUGGAGUAUCAAUACAAUUUAGGCUCCGGUCCCGCUGUAAUUCGCGUCACCGCUCAGCGAGUUGAUGACGGAGAACGACAUAGAAUAAUUCUGAAACGUCAAGGAAGCGAAGGAAGUAUCGAACUGAACGGCGAGCACACUGAAAACGGUGUAAGCGAUGGGCUUCAACAAAUCCUGAACGCGAGAGGUAGCGUUUAUUUGGGCGGAUUGCCGGAUUACGCGAUGGCUUAUGGAAGAUACCAUGACGGAUUCUCCGGUUGCAUUUACACUUUAGAGGUACAAGACUCGGGAGCUAUCGAUAUCGGCGAGAAGGCUAUCAGAGGAGUAAAUGUGUCGCCAUGUACGAGUGAUCGAACUGAUAGACUUCCCACACGUGGUGACCUCAGCUAAAAGAAGGAUCUGCAUUUGAAAAACAUAUUGCGAGUUCAUAUUGUUAUACAGGCUGUAGUACAGUUAUUGUAAAUGUCGAAUUUAAAGCCAAAAAUAUAAUAGCCAUUAAAUUUUUCAUACAUAUCUAAUGUUUUGAAAAGAACAUUAUAAGAUAGAGGAUCAAAAGCAAAUCUGAUAUCAUAGUUGAUCAAACAUUGUCAGAACAUUAAGAUACAUAACAUAAAGAGAUAAACUUUUCGAUUAUGAUAAGAGAAUAAUUUUGGGAUAAUAUCCUGCUCAUAUAAAAAUCGAAAAGUAACACAUAAAUAACUCCACGAUUUAUAAACAGUUUUUAGUGAGACGGAGCGUGAAAAAUACGAAAGUGAUUGUUACUAAAGGAGCAACAAAACAAUUUUAUAUUCAUAGAGAAUCUAUCAUGCAUUAAUAUCGCUAUCAAUAUUUUAUAAUUAAAGUAACUAUAACGUUUUAUAUUGUGUUAUUUAUAUAAAAAGAUUGAAACAAUUAAUUCGCAAAUAACAAUUAUUUUAAAAAUGCGAGAAAAAUUUAUGCAUUUAGAAAAUCAUUCUUAAACUAUCAGUUAAUAUAAUAAAAAAUUUAGCCAUUGAGUUUUUCAUUUCAUCCACUUUGUCUUAUUUUGAAUCAGCUGAAUAAUAAUUGCGAACAGUUAAUGCGAUGACUGAUAUGAAACAAAAAUGUAUUAAUGAUAAAGUGUAUAGUCUAUAAUUUUUCACUGCCAUGUGCUAAUUUAUUCAUAUUCGUAAUAUGAUAAAGAAGAUUUGCAUCAAAUAGGACAAAUAUUAUUCACUAGAGUAUGAGUGUAAUCAAAGUUUUAAUAGACUUUGAGAUAUCUCUCCCACUACCAAAAAGACAAUAAAUUCUCGUCACAGCCAAAGUUAUUUUGUUGGGGAAACAGAAAACGACUUUUUCUAUAUCAUAUUAUAUAUUGAAUUUUUAGUAAAAAGUUGGAAAAAGCGCAGAGAUUUAUAUAUUUAUAACACAAAAAGUCACCUUCCAUUGAAUUAUAGAUUGACUUAAAAAAUAAAAUCCUUCAAGUAAAAAAUAGAAAAAAAAAAAUAUAUAUAUAUAUAUAUAUAUAUAUAUAUAUAUAUAUAUAUAUAUUCAAAAUGAUAAUCAAAUAAAAAAUCGAUAAGCAUUGCUUCUCUAAAUUCACUCAGAUUGCACUCAUACCAUGAUGAAUACUAUCAGUUAUUAUAUCGUACAUAUGUAGGUGCUUAUACAUGUGAUUUUUAAUGCGAUAUAUAUAGGCGAAUAAUCAAGAAUAUAUAAUAGGUAAUGAAUAAAUAACAAUAUCAUCGAACACACGUACAGUACUUUUGUAUAUUAAAAGGUUUAAAUCAGUUUAUACAUGAUACAUGUAUAAACGAAGAAAGUUACAUACAUGAAAGAAAAUCGCGAUAAGUAGGUCAAAAUGAUGUAGGUAAAAAAUAUGUGUUGCUACAUAUAUAAAAUUUAUAUUGAAUAAAUUAUGAGACACUAUAUAUGCGCACUGUGCGGAUAAUUAGAACAGUCUCUAAUAUUCUCUAUAUUUAAGACUUUAUGAAAGUAAAAUGUAAUUUGAAAGUAAUAACAAUUAUUGCUUGCGCGCGCAGCCGGCAAGAUCGUAUCUACGCAAUUAGAUUAUUAUUUAGAAUAUCAGUUAAAGUGCAAUAUUUAUCAUAUAAAUACAAAUAUUUCUAUUGUAAUUGCAUACAUUAAGCAAAACAUGCAAUUGAUUUAAAUCUUUCUAAAUCAUUGAAUUAUAUUUAUUAUUAUAUGUACAUUUUUUAAACAGAAUGUUUUUAUAUCGGUACGAUUUACCGAAUAAUUAAUUUCUAAUUUUAAACACAUUUUACCUAGGUGCAAUAUAAUUACGUAUCUAUUUUAUAAGUUUAUACGAGAUAAAAUAUAGUAAAUACAUACACAUAUUCUCCUAUAAUGUAUAUAAUAAUUAAAAAUGCAAAAGAGAUCUGCCUCCAUAAUGCAUAGAUAUUUAAUCUAUCUUUUUUUUUUCUUUUUAUAAAUAUAUAAUUAAUAACAUAAUUAUAUUCCAUCAAAAAGUAUUGUCUAAUUUUUGCAAGUAAAGCGUUAUAUUUUUUUACAAUCUCCAUAUGUAAUAUAUAUUACAAUAUACGCUUAUUAUCAAUAUUCAACAUUUCAUUUAUGUAUCUUUUAUGCAAAUACAAAAUAUAUCAAAUUAACCAAGUAAAAAUAUCGCACAUAAUGUGCAGCAAGAAAUAUGAUUGUGAAGGAUAUUCUAUAGAGUGUCUUUAAAGAAUUAUUUAAAAAAUGAGACACCGAAAUAUAUAAUGUAUAACUCCCGUAAAGUUUUCUACAUCCGCUACGAUUCUAUUAUACCACACUGUAAAUGAUCAUGUACAGGACAACUCGAGGAUGCAUAUACUUGUAUAUUAUUAUAUUCUAAUAUUUUACAUAUAUAAUAUUAUAUAUAAUCAAUGCAUAUAUAUAUAUAUAUAUAUAUAUAUAUAUACAUAUACAUAUAUAUAUGCAUAUAUAUAUACUUGUAUAUUAUAACUCAAUUAUAUACAGACAUCGAAUGAACGCUUUUGGAUGUUCAUAUAUACCAAUUAUAUAAUAUGUAUAUUACAUUAUAUAUACACAGGGUGCAAAAAAUGAGACAAAUAUUCCAUCUGAUGAAAUGCCUUUUUUACAUAAUUGCGGCAUUUGGGUAUAAAUAAUAUCAAGUAAUAUCCUAAUUAGAACAAUUAGGAAAGAUAUUUCAAGUGGUAAUAAAAGCUAGUAUUGCUUCACCCUGUAUAAAAACAUACUGAAAGUAUAAUUACCAUAAUACAUAAAUGUAAUCUAUUGUUACAUAAUAAUUCUUCAAAGAAAAUGAGACAAUAAAUAUAAUUUUGCUAA